AUGCGAGAAGGGCUACCAGUGGCAGCGGGCUUUGGCGCUGCUUUGCGAAAUGUCGGAGGCAAAGAUGGAGCCCAUGGUCUCAGCUACAGCGCUGGGAUCAGCGCGUGCGAGAAGGGCAAGCAGUGGCAGCGGGCUUUGGCGCUGCUCAGCGAGAUGUCGGAGGCAAAGCUGGAGCCCGACGUCGUCAGCUACAGCGCUGGGACCAGCGCGUGCGACAAGGGCAAGCAGUGGCAGCGGGCUUUGGCGCUGCUCAGCGAGAUGUCGGAGGCAAAGCUGGAGCCCGACGUCUUCUCUACAGCGCUGCCAUCAGCGCGUGCAAGAAGUGCGAGCAGUGGCAGCGUUCUUUGGCGCUGCUCGCCGGGAUGCGGGAGGCAAAGCUGGAGACCGACGCCAUCGUCUGCAGCGUUGGGAUCAGCGCGUGCGAGAAGGGCGGGCAGUGGCAGCAAGCGCUGGCGCUACUCAGCGAACUGGAACCCAGCUCUCAUGUAUAACUACGGGAUCCGCGCGUGCCAGAAAGGCGAGCAGUGGCAGAAGGCUCUGUCUCUGGUAAGAGAAAUCCGCGGGAUGAAAUUGGACCCAGACUUGUUCACCUGUGCGAUCGUAGCCAGCAUAUGCGAGCAUGGCGGACACUGGAAGCUGGCGCAGUCGUUGACAAGGGAGAUGUGCGGCUUGAUUGCAGCGGAAUAG